CUGUGGUUCUGUUACGGCUAACUAGUUUAUCCGACGUCAUUCUGUGGCACUAGAAGGCGGUCGCACAAAGAUGGCGUCACGUUACUGCACCGGAAAUGGAGGUAUUUAUGAAUUUUAAUAAACUUGUUUUUUCUUUGUUUUUCCCCCUCUGAGCCGCGGCUGGAGCUGUGAAUGUCAGAGUCUGGUUUUAGUCGACAUGGCAGAGAAUCUAGAAACCUGCGUCCUGCAGCACCGACCACAAGGUGGAACCAGCGCCAUCGCCAGCGUCGGACCAACGGUGGUAAAAAUUGAGUCGACAUAUUCUUCCGGCGUAACCUGUGCCAACGGAGCGUCGGCUCUGAUCCCGUCACACGCCGCUGAGCUUCAUUUUCUACGUUCCAGGGUUCGAGAACUGGAGCGGGAAAAAGCUGAGCUUUCGACCGAUAACCAGAGACUAAGAAACAUGUUGGUCCACGAGAUCCCUGCACUGCUGUCCACCAUGUGGCAGACUUUGGGCCAGAUUAACAGUCACUCCACCUCCAUGGUGACAGGUGGUGGCCACAGCAGUUAUGCUCUAUAUCAACACGCCUCAUCCAGCGGUCCAGAUGGAGAAUUCAGCCCUCAGAUUCAGCAGCAACAACAGCAGCAGCUGCAGGAGGAGCUGAGUGUUGAGCUAUCAGAGUCCUGGGAUGAGGAUGAGCCAGGAGGAGCAGACCUAGGGCUGGGGAGUCAUAUGGGAGAGGAGGCACCAAUUUGUAGCCAGACUGACAUGGAGGAGCUGAGGAGGAGCUGCUCUGAAAGCCAGUGCACCGCCACCGGAAUUAUGCCAGGACAGAUGACCCAAGUGGAGGUAUAUCCUGGUUCUGGUGUACUUUGUGAUCUACGCUCGUGGCAGGCGGCCAAUCAGGCGCCAUCUCCUACGGCUAUGGCUCGGACCCUGCUGCUCGGUGUGUUUGACAUGAACACACUGAUGAACAGUAACCUCAGAGGAGGGCGGAGUCGGCGGCCGGCAUUCCAGCCACAACGAAGUGCACUUGACCCGCACAAAAUCAACGCCAUCUUUAAUGCCAUUUUGGCUCGCUUUCCUUUUGCCAAGAAAGGAGUUAUCGGCACCGGAAUCAAUUCCAAACUUGCGGAGAUCCGGUUCCGCUCCCGCAGAGCAAAUCGAGAUAUCCAGUUCCUGUGACGGAACUGGAGAUGACCACACCUACCUCAUUACAAGUUUUAAUAGAAAAUCCUGAGGGAGUUCUGCAGGAAGAGAAGCAGCACAAUGCUACACUGGGUGGACCAAUGAGACUUAGUUCCUGUGCUUCAGACUCAGGUUUUGUCAUGACGUCAGCUACAAAACACGAGGGAAUAAGUUUCACAAAACUGGCUAAGUAAAAACUCUGUAUUUGUUAAGCCUGAAAUAAGUCUGAGAUUCAAGGUGGGACUUAAGCUCCUGUAUUACACUAAGCUGUGAUAUUUGUUACGUCAGAAAUGUUGUUGUUUGUUGUUGUUAAUUUAAUGUAAAAUAAACAAAAGAUUUAAAAAAUGAUCCUGGUUCUUAUCUGUCACAAAUGUAGUGAUGAGGUUCGUUUUUUAUCAGCCAUAAUAAAAUUUAGAGAAAACAACGCACCAGCAGAGGGCGCUAUUUUACUGAACUGUUUU